AUGUGCUUGCCUUCCCAUCACUCUUGCCUUCCUCCCAAACACCCAACACUCAUCAGGCUCCCUCCCUUUCACUUUAUUGUCGCCUUUCUUUCCUCUUCCAUUGAUUUUUCCGUUGCAGAAAGUCAAGCAAACAGAACCUUUUCUCCCCCGAAAACUCCUCUCAUCACCGUUACCGACAUCCUCAGUAUCUCACAGACCAAUCAAAUCGUUCCACUUCAGCAGGCGCCAAAUGAGAUCCUCUGCCUCCACUGCCAUUUCCACUACAACCAAUGCCGUGAACCCCCUUAUAACCUUCGAUCUCAAUAGGGAUGCGUAUGGAUUUGCUGUGAGACCUCAACAUGUUCAAAGAUACAGAGAAUAUGCUAAUAUUUACAAGGAAGAAGAAGAGGAAAGAUCAGAUAGGUGGAGUGAUUUUCUGGAUCGCCAAGCAGAGUCCGCUCAAUUCCCUUGUGAAGGGAUACCUUCAAAGGAAGGCAAGGAAGUCUCACAUGCUGAAGCUGCAGAGGACGGGAACAAUGAAAUGCAGAAGGGAGCUGAAGGAGACGAUUUAUAUGAAAAGAAGUCUGGUUCUGAUAGUAUAUCUGAGAAUAAUACAGAAAAAGAGAAGGUACGGUCUGAACCAGAGAAAAGAGUUCACUUAAUCCAGAUAUGGACUGAAAUCAGACCAUCCCUCCGAGCAAUUGACGAUUUAAUGAGUAUUCGCGUGAAGAAGAAAGACAGUUCAUCUAAAGAUGAGCGAGAAACUGAUCGAGGGAAGCCGUUAGCUCCUACUGAAGAUGCUAGAUUCCUAAAGGGAGCAUCAGAGGAGGAUUCUGAGGAUGAAUUUUAUGAUGCAGAGAGAUCUGACUCUAUUCAGGAUUCCCCUACAAGUGACAGCGGGAGUACCACUAUAAGUGCUGCUGCAGUGGAUGCAGCAUCUAUAGAAUCUUUGUUUCCUUGGAAAGAAGAGUUGGAAGUUCUUGUUCGUGGUGGAGUACCAAUGGCUCUUAGGGGAGAGCUUUGGCAAACCUUUGUUGGUGUGAGGACACUUCGACUGCAGAAUUAUUAUCAGGAUCUGCUUGCUAAUGAAAAUAACUUCGGCAACAACACUGAACAACAGAGCUUCUCGUCAGAUUGUAAGGGUUCAGCCAUAGAGUCAAUAUGUGGACCUGAGAAAUGGAAGGGGCAAAUUGAGAAGGAUUUGCCCAGGACAUUCCCAGGUCACCCUGCUCUAGAUGAUGAUGGUAGAAAUGCUUUGAGACGAUUGCUUACAGCCUAUGCUCGACAUAACCCCUCUGUUGGGUACUGUCAGGCCAUGAAUUUCUUUGCUGCCUUGUUACUCCUCUUGAUGCCUGAAGAAAAUGCCUUCUGGACUUUGGUGGGCAUUAUUGAUGACUAUUUUGAUGGCUAUUACUCGGAGGAAAUGAUUGAGUCUCAGGUUGACCAACUUGUUUUUGAGGAGUUGAUGCGUGAAAGAUUUCCCAAACUGGGUUUGUUUUCUUUUCAAUAUCUGUUCCUUUUGUGCUUGAAUUUUUCCACGUGUCUUACCAUUGCAUUUUUUGGCCGGGCAGUUUAUGAUAGACAUUUUUUGUUCAUUGCAGUCAAUCAUCUAGAUUAUCUGGGAGUGCAUGUGGCAUGGGUUACUGGACCUUGGUUCCUUUCCAUUUUCAUGAACAUGCUUCCCUGGGAAAGUGUGCUUCGAGUCUGGGAUGUGCUCCUGUUUGAAGGAAAUCGUGUCAUGCUUUUUAGGACAGCACUUGCUGUAAUGGAGUUAUAUGGCCCUGCACUAGUUACAACUAAGGAUGCGGGAGAUGCAGUUACUUUACUGCAAUCAUUGGCUGGCUCAACAUUUGAUAGCAGUCAACUUGUUUUGACAGCUUGUAUGGGUUACCAAAAUGUCAAUGAAAAAAGAUUACAGGAGUUGAGAGAGAGGCAUCGGUCAGCUGUAAUAACUUCAGUUGAGGAAAGAUCAAAAGGGCUUCAAGCUUGGAAAGAUUUCCAGGGCCUGGCAUCUAAGCUAUAUAAUUUUAAUCAUGACCCUAAAUCAAUGCUUAUGGAAACAAAUAGGACAGGACAACUGGUUGAUUUACAAACAAAUGUGGAUCUCUCUAGUUCAGAGUCUGGAUCCAUGAAUGAGGACAAAGUUCUUAGUAGUCUAACUGGGAAUGCUGAGUUGGAUGCUAUACCUGAUUUACAAGAGCAGGUUGUAUGGUUAAAGGUUGAGUUAUGCAAGUUGCUGGAAGAGAAAAGAUCAGCUGUCCUCAGAUCUGAGGAGCUAGAGACGGCUUUGAUGGAGAUGGUUAAACAGGAUAACCGACGUCAAUUAAGUGCUAGGGUGGAACAAUUAGAGCAAGAAGUUGCUGAGCUUCGUAAUGCACUUUCUGAGAAGCAAGAACAAGAAAACGCAAUGCUUCAGGUCCUAAUGCGAGUGGAGCAAGAACAAAGGGUAACUGAAGAUGCUCGCAGAUUUGCUGAACAAGACGCUGCUGCCCAAAGAUAUACUGCUCAAGUGCUUCAGGAAAAGUAUGAAGAGGCUGUUGCUUCACUUGCUGAAAUGGAGAAAAAAGUUGUAAUGGCAGAAUCAAUGUUGGAGGCUACCUUACAGUACCAGUCUGGUCAAAGUAAAGUCCAACCUUCUCCACGAUCACCACAUCUGAAUUCACCAGCACGCAGCAACCAAGAGCCCCAACAAGAAAUUCCUGCCCGGAAGAUUAGUUUACUUUCCCGACCAUUUGGACUUGGCUGGCGUGACAGAAACAAGGGACAGCCAGGUAAUGCUGAUGCACCGAACAACGGGAAGCCCUCAAACGUGGAUCAGAAUACUGAAAUCCAACAGAAAGACACAAUCGAUAAGGAAACAAACGGCAAGGAAACAAAUGACGAGGAAACAGAUAGAAUCGAAGUUCAAGAUAAGGCGUGAGAGAAGUGCUGGUAUGUCUUGUUUAAAUACCUGCAUACAUCGCCGAAUCCUUCAUUUGAUGUCUGCAAUUCAUCCAUUAAGUAGCCAUGGUAAAUAAAAUAUUGAAAUUUAGCAUCAGCAAUGCAGUAGAAUCAAUAAGUUUGCCCUUUGUAUUUUUUAUCGGAAAACCAAAAUAAUACUCGUAGCCAUUAUUUUUCAUUUGUAACCAAUAAUGCUUGUCCGUAGAAGUAGAGGAAAUGCAAUACCAAGAGACAAGAAUAGAAAAUCAACUGUAAGUAUAUGUAUGGUUUUCCCCCUUUU